GCAACAUGCCUACACAACUGCGUGAUUUAUAGGCCAAGCUGAAUGAGUGGACUUUUCGGGCCCGACAUGCACCUGUUUUUGACUGAGCGAUGAGCGCGAAACACCCUUCAGUGCAUGCAGCGUUCAUAGUAAGCACCGACAGCCAAGGCGGGGAGGAUGACGAGGAGGACCGGAGCCUACUGUACAGCUACCCGCGCGACGCUCCUGUGGGUAGCACGGCCAGCCACAUCAACUCCUUCAAGUCCCUCAGCCUGGCGAUCCGCGGUGUGCUGGACAGCAUUUGCGGAGAAAAGACCAAGCUAGUCCACUUGGAGCAUGGCGGCACUCGAAUGCUGCUGGCGUCAGCCCACCUGGAGAGUGUGAUGCUGGUGGUGGCUCUGCGGCAGCUGGUGCCGCCCUCCGCCGCCACCGCGCUGGUGCUGCACCUGGCGGAGGCGCUGGUGCUGCUCAUGGGGCCCUUCGCGCAAUGGGGACUCAUGCAGGCCAAGACGUCGGGCGGAGCGGGUCCGGGCGGUGCAGGAGGGCCAGCACAGACGUCCGCGGAGACCCAGGCCCUGCUGGACCGUGUGUUUGAGGGGGUGCUGACCCAGAUCGACUCGCCGCAGUGGUGCGCCCGCAUGGCGCCCUGGAACUGCUUCGAGUCUUCCUGUUUGUACCUGGCACUCCCGGGCCGGCUGCAGCAGCGGCUGGCGGGCCUGGUGGCGGAGCACGCGGCGCAGCACCACAAGGCGCCCUUCAGCUUCUUCAGGAAGCACUCCUGCCUCAUGUACAGGGGCCUGCUGCUGGCGUCGGACCUGCACCCGCGGCACGCCAAGCAGCUGUGGCAGCUGCUGUGGACGCUGGGGGUGCUGCAGCACGCCGGGGGGCUGCCCUGCCAGAUCCUCACCCGCAUAGUGCACCUGCCGCACCCCUCCUCCGCCGGCGCCGCGGCGGCGGCUGGCCGCGGCCCCGCCGGCGGCGGGGGCGGCACCGCCGCCGCGACGGCGGCCGCCGUGGCGGCUCUGCAGCACGAGAGCGCGGGCGUGACGGUGAGCGAGCAGCCCACGGGUCGCAGCCUGCUGGUGGUGGCCAGCGCCAUGCACAUGGUGAUGGCGGUGGUGCUCACCGGGUACGACGAGGAGAUCGAGGAGGAGCUGGCGGGCCGCCUGGAGGGCCACUCGGCUGCGGAGCUGCUGCAGAAGAUGCACAGCGUGCUGGGGCCGGACCUGGAGCGCCUGGUGGAGGCGUCGGCUGUGUACAGCGCGGCAGCCAGGUCGCUGGACACAGCGCCGGCAGCGGCAGGGGACGCCACCGCGGCCGGGGCGCGCGGCGCCGGCGCCGGCGCAGCCGGCGGCAAGGGCGCGGCUGGCGCUGGUGGCGGCGGCGGCGGCGCUGCUGGCGGCGCCAAUCUGCUGUUCCGGCUGAUGAUGCGGAACCGUGCGGAAGUUCCGUUCUGCCCGUACAGUGUGCCUGCCAGCCCCGACGGCCGGCAACCGCCCGGCCGCAGCAGCACCGGACAUGGCGGCGGCGGCGGCGGCCGCCUCGCCACCACGCCCACCGGCGGCCAGCCACACGACCGGUCCGGCCGCGGCAGCCGGGCAACGCCUGGCGGCGGCGGCGGCGGCGGAGCGGGGGGCGCCAACCCGCUGACCGGCAGCCCCACCUACGCCGCCAGCAUGCCUGUGGCGGCGCCCGAAGGGGUCCUGUUCCUCAUCGCGCAUGACGCGCCGCACGGCGGCGUGCGCUUCCUGGGGGACCUGCCGGGUGGUGGCGGCGGCGGCGGCGGCGCGCUGGCGGCGGUGUGGCGCGCGGUGGCGGCGUGCCGGCUGCGCUUCGGCGCGCACAACGUGGCCAUCGCGGCGCCGCCCAAGCAUGCCAGGCUGACCAUGACGCUGGACCAGAUUGAGCAGCUGUCGGCGGCGCGGUCGCAGCGCGAGGGCGGCCAGCGGCUGGGCACCGCCGACUCGUCGCCCUGGCAGUACCACCCCGAGCUGGCCAGUCUGGCGGCGGUGCACAGCCUCACGCUGCGGCUGCAGCUGCCGGCAGCAGCCCCGGGACCGGCGGCAGGAGCAGCGGGAGGAGGGGAAGGAGCGGCGGCGGAGCCGGCGGCGACGCCAACCGGCAAGUCGUGGCUUGCCCGCGUAUCGGGCAGCCGGGCGGGAGGCAGCACUGGUGGAACAAGCAGUGGCACCGGAGGCGCGAGCAGCAGCGGGGCGGCAAGCAGCGGCGGUGCGCCCCCGGCUAGCGCGAGCACACACGUUGCCAGUGGGCCCGCAGCCGAGGUGCUGUACCUGACUGCGGCAUUGUUCCCGGAUACGCGAGAGCUUUACAUCUGCCACGGGCCGGACGUUGACGAGACGAGGCUAGUAGAGGGGUUGUGGGACAGCCCGCUGGGGCAGGAGCUGUGGGUGCGCGAGGACAUGGGCGUGGUGAGCUGAGCGCUGCAGUACGCUGCCCUUGCCGUGUGCUUCUUUGCCCUGGGAGUUUGCUUGAUGCCACAUUGUAAUGCAAGCGUUUGCUGUCACUUGUCAGUCUACGGAGUGCGUUAAGUAAUUAGCGCGUGGCCUGGACUGCGAGCACGGUCGCAUGACGUUGUUGACGCACUUAUGCCGCGCCGGGCCGGCCUACCUCAGCUAGGUACAGUUUGGAUAAAAGUAGUUAGGGCGUAUACUUUGUGCGACGGCGCUCCUCCUGCAGGUCUACUUUUUCCCCAGGCGUACGCAAGCUAGUAUAAUGGGGCUGCGACAUGUGGCCUUUCGUAUACAGUAUUUGC